ACAAUAUUCUUGCAGUUAACGGAAUCGUUUUCUUGGCAAAUCGUGAGUGAAAUUGUUUAUUUUCAUCAUGAUUUUGUUGCAAUUCGGGCUUUUGUUGAGUGUUGUUUAUUUGUUACCGAACGUCAACGGUUACGUUCACUACGCAACCGAACCGGAUAGUGAUAACGAAGCUCCAGAUAAGGGAGAGCCCGUUCAAAUAUUCCAUUCCCACGGUCAUCGAGGUGGUCAUUCAGGUUCUAGUUCAAGUUCAAGUUCAAGUUCAAGUUCAAGUUCAAGUUCAACUUCAAGUUCCAGUUCCAGUUCCAGUUCCAGUUCCGAAUCUGACUCAAGCUCCAACUCCGACUGGAGUUCUGGAUCCUCUUCGCUUGACUCUGAUUCGUCUUCUGAAGAAGACGACUUGGACAUACUGAAUGUGAGGUUCACAGCUUUUGGUGAACCGGUUGAAGUGAGUUUGAACCGCGUCAAUAGUGAAUUGGCAGGUUCAAGGGCACCUGUUUGGCUUGCUGUAGGUUCGGACGACGGAAAUGUAACAUUCAUAAGAGCGAACCCAAACGCUCUGGGAAAAGCACUGAAUCUGUACCAAGACCGUGGAACAGAAUCAUCGAUUCUUUUGAUAAGCGACGAUGGCGGAGAUGCAUACUUCAUGGGGGUCGUAGCAGGCUACAACAUCCAGCAUCAGCGAUCUCACAGAAGAAGAAGAUCGAUUGCACGACGAUCACCAAUUGCCGGAUACGCGGUUUCAGAUCAUCACAUCGUAUCCAGAAGAAGAAGAUCACCACAGCAUCAGGUCCAUUCCACUAUUGAAUCCCGUCGAAAGCGUGAAUCACCGAGCAGCACGAUAUACCCUGAGCUAUUGGUAGCAACCGAUUUCGACCUUGGAUUCAAAUCGACAUCGAGUGAAGAGUUCUACGAUCAUCUGAUCUACAUAUUGGCAUUCUUCAAUGGCGUUGAUCUUCUCUUCCAAGACGUGUCCGAUCCAGAUGUUCGUCUUCACAUCGCUGGUAUCGUUGUCAAUGCUAAUCGCGCUGCAGUACCGUACAUUCAUGACAAUGUAAGAUCCGAUGGUUCUAUCAAUGGCAGAAAGGCCGCCGAAGACGCAGGGCCUUUCUACUCUGCGCACUUGAACUCAUCUGAAUUCCCCGCUGGAUCCUAUGACAUUGUCAUAACUUUAACCAACACUUAUAUUUGUGAUCAAUACGAGGCCGACAUCUGCACUCCAUUGAUAACUGGUGUAUCGACCAUCCAUCCCGUUUGCGAAAACAAUUAUCCCGUCGUUAACAUGUCAGCUAUAAUUGAAGAUGAUUUGUCGUUCAGUGGGACGCGAAUUGCUGGUCAUGAAUUGGGUCACAUUUUGGGAGCCGGACACGACGGAGAUGAGGAAGAAGGUGGCGGUGACUGCAGCUUCGACGACGGAUACAUCAUGUCAAGAUAUAAUGAGAACAGUACAGUGAGUCUGAAGUGGUCAAAGUGCAGUAAGAAAAGCUUGAGUGAGGAGCUGAGCACAGCAACUGCUGAUUGUCUUCGCGAUCCCCCAGAGUGGCAGAAAGAUGAACAGAUUCUUCCCCCGAUAUUGCCUGGAAGUUUGAAAGGGACGAAUGCGCAAUGCCGAUCUCUUGGAUAUGUUAGGUCUUGUCUGGGACCUAACAUUUGUAAUUCUCUGGAAUGCACCGCUGAUCCGUUCAUCAUCAGCACGAAUUGUAAAAAAGUUGGGGUACCAGCCGCGCAAGGCGCUUAUUGCGGUUUUAAUCAACACUGCAUCAACGGAGACUGUGUGGAAAGGGAAUAAUUCGGAUGCAGAGGAGAAAUAUAUUUUAUUAACUGCGGACGAUGGAAUUUUAUCCUGUUAAUUAUCUAUUCCAAUUUCAUUUUUAAUGUAUGAUGAAAUGAAGAUGGCUGAAGUAAUGGCUGAAGUGGUUGUCAAUUUAUACUGAUAAUAUGGGAUUAUGAAGAUAAAAAUAAAGAAAAUGCUGAUUACCUUGA